AUGACGCAGGAAGUCUCUCCUCAGCAGAACACCGAGUCGGAGUACAUGUCGGCCAGGCAGCGCGCCAAGAAAUGCCGCAGCGGUGAGAACGCCGCGCGCCUUUUGAUGGGCUUGGAUCUGGAAAUGGAUGACGCCGAGCGCCGCAAGCACGCCGGCCGUUGCCACAGCAACGCUCCUCGCAACAGCUUCAGCUCUCCCAGAGAGUUCUUCGCUGGCCCCACCAAACCACCGCACCGGUGCUCCGGCAUUCGCCACAACCCCGAUGGUAACCGUGACUCGGUAGGUUUCAUGCUGAAAGAUGAGUACUUUAUGAUGAACCCAGAGAUCGACAAAUUCCAGAGUCGCAGACUUCGUGCACGUAUGGUGAGGAAUGGGUCUCCUUGCAGGUAUGGCUCUAUUUCAGGCAUGGGGGCCUACGGUAUCCAGGCCAGGCGUGGUGAGGGUUCGCUCCGCCAGAAUAAAACCCUCAAGAUGGCCAGAAUGAAUGGCUCACCCUGGGGCACUGGGUCCUAUCACUGCCGCGACGGCCUCACAAAUAACUGCAUCGUCACGGCGCCGGAGGUGCCCUGGCGUUGCGGCGUGAGGAUCACGCACCCGCAGGGUGCAAUGGAGGCGCCGUAUUUUGAGGACAACGAUCCGCGCCCGCCACGCGAUGUUCCUGCGGUGACUGGCAAGCGCCACGUCAAGCCGCCGUACAAGGACGCAAAGAUGUUCGGUCAAGUGCCACCGCCGGCAGAGGGCGAGGAGGAUGAGUUCCACAGCAUACUGCCACCGUGCCACAAGACGUCGAACAAGGCAAACGAGUCUGUUGAUGUGCUGAACCUGUACUGCUACACCGCUGAUGAGCUUAACGAGAAGCCACAGCCGUACAAGCAGCUGGGCCCCCGCAAGUGCGGUGCCCCGGAACUGCCGCCCAAGAAGCCCCCCGUAAUCAAGCACAUCGACACCCCGGCAAGGCAGGAGCAUGAUGUGCUCGGCACCGGCCGCUGGGGCUUCCCGGAGAAGCAGGUCCCGCGCGGCCUCGCCCGCGGCUUGUGCCGCCCGCGCCAUGAUACCGCCAACCUCUUCUAUGGUGGCCCAGCGCAAGAGGACGACAAGCUCGCCUCCGGGACACCGAGAGAAUCCGCUGGCCGCAACGGUGGCAGCAAUGGCGCCCAUCUAUCUCCGCGUCAGUCCCAUCAGGGAGAAUCUUACCGCAGUGCCAGCCGCCGCAGCAGCAGCCAUGGCUCUCGCACGUCUGCGCGACCGUCCCGCCAGGUACAACCUUUCCGCGCUCACCGCAAUACCCCCCCAAAGAAGCGCGAAGACCCCGUGUUCGACAGUAACUUCCGUCCGCAUAAGGUCGUGUUCAAGAAUGUUGGUAACCCGAACCUCCUGCGGUACUACGACCCCACCGUGGACCCGAUGCCGGAGGCGAUGGCACCGAAGCGCAGUGCGCCGCGUUCGAACAUCGAAAGCAUGCUUGACGACUCCAACAUGCCAUGCGCCUUCGGUAAAGGCCGUGGUGAGUUCAACAAAUACUCCCGAUCGACCAUAACGUUAGUUUAA